UAGCUUCACAGAUAAAGAAACAUUUUUGUAGAUGAGCAUUAGUGCGAUCUCGUCAGUUUUAUUUCAUUUCAUUCCGACCUUUGACAUGUUUCCGUGCCACUGAUACCAACGAGAGGAGCAACGAUGGGCUUAACAGCAGCUCGCUGUGGAUUUGUUGUUUUUCUCCUCUGGAUGCCAGUGCUUCAUUGCACAGAACCAGGUUGGGGAGUGACGUACACUUCCACUAACAUCUGCGCCGUUGAAGGAUCCACAGUGGACAUAUCCUGCUCCUACAUAUAUCCACCCACGUACAAGGUUGUGAGAAUCAUCUGGACCACAAAAGGUCAUGAAAGUCAGCCUUUGGAUCUGAGAGAAGACCCUCAAUAUUCAAAGCGAGUGCGGUAUCACUGCAGUAACAACAACUGCACUCUGACAAUAAAACAUCUGAGCAGCAGUGAUUCAGGUCAGUACUUCUUCAGGUUCAUUACAGACAAAUGGAACGGGAGAUUUACUGGUCAACCUGGAGUCACUCUCACUGUCACAGGUCUGCCAACCGUAUUUUAUACCAACAGCAGACUACAGUGUUACAGCAGCGGAUAUCAGUGUCCUGGUCAUGUUUCCUACGUCCGGUACAAAAAUGGAGAGAAAAUCUCAGGAGAGCCGACUUUCGACUGGGUUCAUUCCAGGGACAGCUACUCCUGUGCUGUUGAAGGACAUGAGGACUUCCCCUCCCCUCCGCAGUGUUUCAAUCAUCAACCCUGCAACAGAGUGACAUAUCAAAACAGAAACAUCUGUGCGAUGAAAGGAUCCUCGGUGGACAUUUCCUGUCAGUACAGGAGCAGUGAAGGCAUCACAUCAACGUACUGGUUCAGUCCCAGUCGGAGGCAUCAGUGGGUGAAUUCCUCUUGGCCAGAGAAACUCAGUGAAGACCCACAGUUUGCAGGUCGUGUUGGAGAAUAUUAUCACACACUGAGAAUCAGUGAUGUGAGAGAGAGUGAUUCAGCCGAGUAUCGCUUCACAUUCAAAACAGGAAGCUUUGAAUGGAGGAGCAGUUUACCUGGAGUAACUCUGACUGUCACAGAUCCAGAUUUGCAGGUGAAGGUGACAUGGAAGGGUGGUUCACGGGCAAACCUGGAGUGUCACAGCCGAUGUUCUCUGCCUAAUAAUCCCUCGUAUGUUUGGUACAAGAAUGGACAGAAGGUGAAGCAGAGAACAUCAUCCACUUACUAUUCAUCCAACUUCCGGGCCGCAGACAGUAUGUCCUGUGCUCUGACCGAUCAUGAGGAUUUUCCCUCUCCUCCAGUGUGUGUCUUCGGCCAACAGUGUAACAGAGUGAACUGUCCUGACAGAAGGAUCUGUGCUGCCCUGGGUUCAUCCGUGGACAUUUCCUGUUUUUACAAAAGCAGCAGUCAUGUUAAAUCCAAGUUCUGGUUCAGUGCUGAUCGCAGCAGAGAUCAGCACAGGCUUCCAGAGGACCUCAGAAAUGACCCACAGUUUGCAAACCGCGUGGAAGUCUUGGAAACAGAAGGAUUCUCCACUCUGAGAAUCAGUGACCUGAGAGACGACGAUUCAAUCCAGUAUCAUUUCAAGUUCACGACCUCUGACUCCACAACCAGCAGAAGUUUAUCUGGAACAAGACUCACAGUCACAGCUCUACAGGUGAAGGUGAUUACAGAAACCAUCCAUCCAUCCCACACUGAAGCAGAGCUCGAGUGUGACAGCAAAUGUCAUCAAGCUAGUCAUGUUGACUAUGUUUGGUUUAACAACGGAGUGAAAGUUAAGAAUAAGAAGAGACUUUAUGAGGCCCGUUUUCAUCCAGGAGAUGUCAUCUCAUGUGCUUUGGAAGGACAUGAGAGCCACGCCUCUCCUCCUCUUUAUGUGCUGAACGUGCCCUCAGUGUCAGUGAGUCCCUCUGGUGAAAUCAUGGAGAACAGUUCAGUGACUCUAACAUGUAGCAACGAUGCCACCCAAUCAAGAAUAAACACCACCUGGUACAAGAACAAAGAAACAGUGGUUGGCCUUGGCCCACAGCUUGUCCUCCAGUCCAUCCGAUCUUCUGACUCAGGACAGUAUUACUGUACAUCUGAGAACGAGUGGGGGAAGAGGACGUCUCAACUCAUCUCCAUUGAUGUUGAAUAUCCUCCAAAGACCAUCGAUGUGUCAGUGAGUCUUCAUGGAGCGAUUGUGGAGGGAAGCUCAGUGACUCUGACCUGCAGCAGCGAUGCUAACCCAGCAGCUAGCUACACCUGGUACCGGAAUCACCACAAGCUAGCUCAUGGACCAGAGGGCACUUAUCAUUUCCCCUCCAUCAGCUGGGAGGAUAGAGGAACCUACAGCUGCAAAUCUGAGAACAAACAUGGAACCAUGUCUUUAUCCCGGCCGGUAGAUGUUCAGUAUGGUCCAAAGCUUCCCUCAGUGUCGGUGAGUCCGUCUGGUGAGAUCGUGGAGGGAAGCUCAGUGACUCUGACCUGCAGCAGUGAUGCUAACCCAGCAGCUAGCUACAGCUGGUACAGGGAGGGUGAAGACACACCUCAGGCAUCAGACAAGAUCUUCACCAUCAGUGACAUCAGUCUUGAGCACAGCGGAAACUAUUCCUGUGUGGCUCAGAACAGCAGAGGACGUCAUGCCUUCACAAUAAACCUGCUGGUCAGAAAAUCGGGGAAGGCAGCAGUUGUUGGAGCGACUACUGCUGUGAUCCUGGUGCUCGUGUUCUUCGCUGUCUUCAUAUUACUGAGGAAGAGGAUUUGCAAACAAACACCUGAACCUGGAGCGAGACCAAAUAUCUCUGAACAGCGCCGAGUCGAUCGGGAGCAGCAGGAAGAGCCUGCAGAGCUUCACUACGCCAGCGUCCACUUCUCCAAACAGAAAGACGAGUGCCUCUACUCCAACAUCAGACCGGUGCAGCCACACAGACCCAUGGAGGAAGAGGAGGAGGAUGCAGCUGUGCUGUACUCAGCCAUCAGACGCACCAAUGACAGCAGGGCCACAAGUCAAGACAGUGUUGAGAAUCUGUACAGCACUGUCAGCAAAAUCCGUUAAAAUGAAGGAGAUCUCUCAUCUUAAAUGUGGGUGUGCGCUGAUGCAAAAGAUAGCCAUUAAUUUAAUGAAUCUCUGAGGUCAGUUUAUGAAGGAAACAUCAGUGCAUAAAAGAUUUACUCACACAACAGCAUGUUCAAGAGAAAACUUCCAUUCAGUUUCGAGUGUGUCUUUACACCACAACGGUGCAGAGAGCCACGGAAAACGCAAUUGUUUCACAACAGCUCCCAAGCGUGGAACUUUUUGAAAAUGCUCCAACUCCGUCUCCGUGGAAACAAAGAAAGAUGUAACUUUUCUGAGAGGUUGCUACUGCACAUAUCAAUCCCAAAGGAACAUCAAAACAAAUCUGGUUCUGUCCUCAACAGACUGCUGUACAACUCCGAAAUGUGAGGAAAUAUAAUCUGAAAACCGUUUAUUCAGAAAAUACACGACUUAAGCCCACCAAGAUAAAGAAAAACCCAAAUGUAUAAACAUUUUACAUUUUUUACAUUUCUCUUUGCUAUUUAAAAAUGUUUGAAUUGAGAGUGAGGGGUGGAAGUUUUGGUAAGACCAACAUUACAUCUUGCUGUGUAUUUAUAAAAAUAGCUCUUUGCCCCUCUAUGCUUUUAAAGAUAUCCUCCUUCACACAGACCUUCAAACAACCUUUGCUCAGAGCAGAAUAAAUCAAUACAUGAAAUAGAGACUGAAUGUAUUCAUUAAAUCAUGAAAGAAAAAAAAAAAGAAUGAAUGAAUGAAUGAAUGAGACAUAUUGGAACUAACUCCAGAAGGGACAGAAGUGGAGAUCGCCACAUCCU